AUGCUGGUGCAUGCAGUUAGUGUUCUCGCGAAUAUAAUUCUUUUUGGUCGAAUCACGGGAUUAUUUGCCACUACAUCAUUUGCUGUUGAUUGUGAUAAUCAAUAUCAAAAUUUAGAAUCUGGAAUUAUCAAUAAUACUAUAUGUCCUUUUGGUAUUGAUCUCAAUCCAUUAAAUUAUGAUCGAUUACAUAAGCUAUGCCAUUAUAAUAAUAGAACCAUGUCAUCUACAUUGGCUCCAUUAACACCUUUAUUUCGUGAAAAUGUUAUGCAUCUAAUUUAUUGGUUCUUCGGUAAGUCUAUUGAAUAUGAUGAUUUAAAUUAA